AUGGGAAAUAGGAAUAAUGUCACCUUCUUUAUUCUCCUGGGACUUUCUCAAAACAAGAACAUCGAGGUCUUCUGCUUUGUGUUAUUUCUAUUUUGCUACCUAGCGAUUUGGGUGGGAAAUGUGCUCAUCAUGAUUUCCAUCACGUGCACUCAGCUCAUUGAGCAACCCAUGUAUUUCUUCCUCAAUUACCUCUCCCUCUCUGAUCUCUGCUACACCUCCACUGUGACACCCAAACUAAUGACUGAUUUACUGGCAGAAAGGAGGGUCAUAUCCUAUCAUCACUGUAUGACACAGCUCUUUUCUACCCAUUUAUUCGGAGGCGUCGAGAUCCUCCUCCUCACCGGAAUGGCCUAUGACCGCUAUGUGGCCAUCUGUAAACCCCUGCACUACAUGGUCAUCAUGAACAGGCAGAGGUGUCACGUGAUCAUCCUCGCCUGUUGUGCUGGAGGAUUCGUGCACUCAGCCAGUCAGUUUCUUCUCACCAUCUUCCUACCCUUCUGCGGCCCCAAUGAGAUAGAUCACUACUUCUGUGACGUGUACCCUUUGCUGAAGUUAGCCUGUGCGAACACACACUGGAUAGGUCUCUUAGUCAUCGCUAAUUCAGGCUUGAUUGCUUUGGUGACGUUUGUGGUGUUGAUGCUGUCUUACUUCUUUAUACUGUACACCAUCAGGACCUACUCUGUGGAGAGCCGCCACAAAGCCCUUUCCACCUGCAGCUCCCACAUCACUGUGGUGGUCCUGUUUUUCGCACCGGCUUUGUUCAUUUACAUUAGACCCAACGUCACUUUCCCAGAGGACAAAGUGUUCGCCCUCUUCUACACCAUCCUUGCCCCCAUGUUCAACCCUCUGAUCUACACGCUGAGGAACACGGAGAUGAAGAAUGCCAUGAGGAAGGUUUGGUGCCCUCAAAGGCUCCUGAGUGGAAAAUAA